GAAGGUCGGAAGACGUGGUGGGCGAGUACGAGUACGCGUUUCUCACAGCGUUGCGCACCAACUCGCUGUUUGCUGUUUUAUUUAUAUUUUGAUGACAGUUUUCAAAAAUGGCGAAGCUGAGCGAGCACGGAAUUCGCCUGAGCUGCAUGAGUCCAUCUUACCUGCACAGUAAUUCUACGAGUCACACCUGGCCGUUCAGCGCUAUUGCUGAACUUAUAGAUAAUGCCUGUGAUCCUGGAGUCACAGCCAAACAGAUCUGGAUAGAUGUUGUUGUAAUCAAAGACACAGAAUGCUUGACCUUUACAGAUAAUGGACAAGGAAUGACUCCUAAUAAACUGCACAAAAUGCUUAGUUUUGGCUUCACUGACAAAGGCCAAAAGAAAAAUCAACAGCCAAUAGGAGUGUAUGGUAAUGGGUUCAAGUCUGGAUCAAUGCGACUGGGGAAAGAUGCUCUGAUCUUCACCAAGAAUGGAGGUUGUCUCAGCGUGGGAAUGCUGUCUCAAACUUACCUAGAAAAAAUUCGUGCACAAGCUGUUAUUGUACCUAUUGUGCCCUUCAGCCAGCUUAACAAGAAGUUGAUUGUAACAGAAGAUUCAGUUGCCAGUUUGGAAGCUAUCCUGACUCAUUCUCUUUUCCAAGUCAAAGAAGAUCUGCUGGAGCAAUUCAACACCAUCCCUGGCAAGAAAGGAACCAAAAUUGUAAUCUGGAACAUUCGGAGAAACAAGGAUGGAAAACCAGAGUUAGACUUUGAGACUGAUAAAUUUGACAUUCGGAUGCCAGAUAUUAAUUGCGAUGAACAAGGGAGCACUGGGAAAAAGGCACAUCGGGGGCAGGAGUGGCAGAACAAGAGCAUCCCAGAAAUGAACUACUCACUUCGGGAAUACUGCAGCGUUCUGUACCUAAAGCCUCGUACCCAGAUUAUUCUGCGUCAGAAGAAGGUCAACACCAAACUAAUAGCCAAAAGUCUUGCCAAUAUUGAGUAUGAUGUUUAUAAACCCAGUUUCCUUAGCAAAAAGGUGCGGAUUACAUUUGGUUUCAACUGCAAAAAUAAGGAUCACUGUGGGAUCAUGAUGUACCACAAAAACCGGCUGAUCAAGGCUUAUGAGAAAGUGGGCUGCCAGAUUAAGUCUGGCAGCAGAAGAACUGGACAUGGGGUGAUUGGAGUGAUAGAGUGUGAUUUUCUGAAACCAGCUCACAACAAGCAGGAUUUUCAGUAUACCAAGGAGUACAGGUUGACUUUGGCUGCUCUCGGAAUGAAACUAAAUGAUUACUGGAAGGAGAAGAAGGAAACAAAAGCAAAUGAGAAGUGUGAAGCCAACAAAGAGUGUUUGGUUAAAUAAUCCUUUAUUUACUAAAGUAUAUUAGAGGUCCUGACAGUACGGAAGUUGCAAUCUUUUUUUGCAUUUGUUGUGAUUUGCUCAGGCCUCUGAUCUGCUUGUUGUAAACUGUCAUUAGGAUACACUUAAGGAGCAAGCUAUAACGAACAUAAAGACAACAGAUAAAGGAGAGUUAAACAAUUAAGUCUUAAGAAAAAAUACAAAUAUUUUUUUAAAAUGUAAAAAUCGCACUGUUUUGCCUUUUUGAAUACAGUAAGAGAAAAAAAGACCAGUUAUUUAAAUUAGAUCAUUUACAGGUAAAAUGACGCACUGAUUGUGAAACUAGUUGAAACUAAAACCUGCAGCCACUCGGAGUACCAAUUGCUAUGUUUGGGAGCCCAUUUUUAUCAUAUUCUCUAUCUAUCCAUCUCUCUGCGUAUGCAAAAUAAUGAUACACUGCAAAGGUCUAUUUUGUGUACUCAGUUGUAAAAUGAACAUAGAUAGAUAGAUAGAUAGAUAUGUGCAUUUGCUAAGUACCACUUGUAUUUCCAUUCAGCAAUAUGAAUGUCCUUAUAAAAUAUAUGCAGAUCAAAUUAAAUUUGAAAAAAAUAGCCAAAUACGUGUAAAAUGUAAAUUUCAGCUCCUGAAAUAAAACAAAAAUAUUUCAAGAGAUACAAAGAAAGUAUUUUAUAUCUGUUCUUGCAAAUUUGUCAUACAAUUCAUCAUAACAGAUGCUGGCAGCACCAAUUUGCUGGAAGCACAGGUACUGUAAAAAUAGUCAUAACCAGAUGUUGAAUCUUUAAAAAACCUUUACAUUAAAUAAGAAAAGUGAAACAAAGUACAGAGUAAAACAAAAAAAAAAGAUGAAGUUAUCUUAGAACUUGACGUGCUGUUGUGGAAUUGAUAUACUGAAAACUCCCCUCUCAUCCAUGCUGUUUCCAAGUUAUAUUAUGUUUGAAGUUAAAAUAUUUAUGGGAUGUUCUGGUCACUACAAGCUCCAAAUGUUUAGUGAAAUAUAAUGACUUAAUCAUUAAUGGAAAUAACUUGAGUAGUUUCUGGGAAGGAAAGAAAUUUGCCUCUAUUGUUGGGUUUCUUUUAGCACUAUGGUUUCCUGCAUCAUUUCAGACUUGUGCAUGUUACGUUGAUUGGCAGUUCUAAACUAGCCUUGCAGGAGUGUGUGUGAUUAUGCGAUUGAGUCUGCCCUGCAGUGUAAUGGCACCCCGUCUGCGGUUGGUUGCCAGUUUAAAGUCAAUGUUGCAGUGACAGGCUGAAGUCUCUUAACACAUACUUCAAAUUCAAAUCUAGGAUUAAAAAAUCCUCUCAAAUGAUCUGUUGUAAAAGGAAUGCACACACUAUAGUUUCAGAAAAGUGUUUUUGUCCAUCAGUCUACACUCAAUAACCAAUUAAAGCAAAAUGAAAACAUAUUUUCAGAAAGGUUUGCAAAUUUAUUCAAAAUGCAUUAAUCAAAGCUGAAAUCCCUCAUUUAUGUAUGCAUUCAUACUCUUUCCUGUUGCAAUCCAAAUUGUGGUCGGGUGCGUCCUGUUUGCUUUAAUUCUCCUUGAGAUAUGUCUAGAACUUGAUUGGAGUCCACAUCUGACAAAUUAAUUGGAGAAAUGCACACUCCUGUGUAUAUAAGGUCCAAAAAAUAAGCCAUGAAGUUAAAGGAACUCUCUGUAGAUAUUAAUGGUAAAAUUGUGGUUGGGCAUAGAUCCAGGAUAAGGCUAUAAAACCCAUGUUUAAGCUUUGAGUGUUUUAGGAGAAUGGUGUCCUCAAUAACUGUGAAAUGGAAAAUGUUUGCUACUACCAGGACACUCUCUAGCCAAACUGAGUAACUGGAAAAGAGGGGUCUUGGUCAGGGAGACAACCAAGAACCCAAUGGUCACUCUAACAGAGCUUCAGAAGUCCGAUGGACGACCAUCUCAGCAGCACUCACAUCAAUCAGAGGGAAGCCAAUUUGCGCUCGGAGUUUGCCAAACAGCAUAUAAAGGACCAUGAUAGCAUGAGGAAAAAGAUUCUCUGGUCUGAUGAGAGAAAAAUUAACUUUUUUUGCAGAUCUAUUUCUGGCAAAGGCCAAGCACUGCUUAUCCCAUGCCUAAUACCAGCCUUACGGUGAAGCAUGGUGGUGGGAUCAUCAUGCAGUGGGGAUGAUUCUUAGUGGUAGGGACAGGGAGGCAGGUCAGUACUAAGGAAAGGAUUAAUGCAGCCAAAUACACAGACGUCUUUGAAGAAAACCUUCUCCAGAAUGCACACAACUUCAGACUGGAAUAAUGGUUCUCCUUUCAGCACAGCAAUGGCUGAAUCAUAUAGUCAAGACAUUGCCGGAAUAACUUUGGGACAAAUCUCUGACUUUCUUUGAGCUUCCCAGCUAAAGCCUGCAAUUAAACCCAAUAACACAUAUGUAGAAGUCCAGAAGAUGGCAGUUUACUGAAGCUUCCCAUCCAAUUUAAAUGGAGCGUGAGAUGAUCUGCCAGGAAGAAUAGGAUAAACUGUCCACAUCUAGGUGUACAGAGCUUGCAGAGACUUACCCAGGAAGACUCAAACCUGCAAUUACUGCCAGAGUAAUGAAUUAAGUGUCUGAAUACUUUUAAAAAAUAAGACAUUUCAGUUUUUAAUUUUUAAUAAAUUUGGAAACUUUUCUUAAAACAUGAUUUUACUUUGUCAAUAUAGACUAUUUAUUUUAGACUGAUUGGAAAAAAUUGCAAAUGUAUCCAUUUAAAAUUAAAUCUACAAUAGAAUAGUGUGCAGAUGUUGAGGGGGUUUGAAUACUUUCUGAAUUAACUGUGUGUAUGUAUGUAUUUAUGUAACAUAUUUUUAAAUAUACACAGAUACUAGAUGAACUUGAGCAACAUCACAAUGGUGAUGUAGUUCUGCCAAAAUAACUAAACUUUUUUUAAAAAUGAGAAAUUUAAUUAAUUUGGCCAAAAAAACAAAGCAAAUGGAAAACAAAACCAUAUACUUCAGCAAAAUAUACAGUAUCCUGUAAAAUAUUUUAUUGGUACCUUAAUUUUACAAUGGGUAAAAGAAGAACAAAAGUUAAGAAUCGU